AUGUUGUUAGAUGGUGAUGAUGAUGAUGAUGUUAUAAUAAAACUAUUGUUUGGUAAGAGUAAUGAAGGGGCGAUAUCAUCAUCUAAAGGAAGGAUGCGUCAAUUAAGGGAUAUGCUUAUUAGAGAUAAGGGUUGGAUUGUUAAGGAUGAUAAUACUAAUAUUAUUACGUAUGAUUAUACAUUAAAAGGUUCUAAUUUGGUGAUAAUAAUAGAUCCACAACAUGAGUUCGAUAUUAAUGAGAUAUAUGCUAUUGAAAGGUAUAUCGAUAUUGAUGGUGGUGCGGUAUUGAUAUUAUGUAAUGAGGGUGGUUUAGUAUCAUCUAAUGAUAAUAUUAAUAAUAUAUUACAAGUAUAUGGUAUAAGUAUAAAUAACGAUUCAUUAAUAAGAUCAGCACAUCAUCCUAAUUAUCAUCAUCCUAAAGAGGUAUCUACUAGAGUGUUAUUCAGCUCUGGUUUAUUAUCAUAUCCUAUUGAUAAACCCUUAUGUGUACUAACAACAACAACGACUACGACUACUGCUGAUACCUCUUCUAAUGGUAUUAUAUGUGUAUUGGGGAGUUGUAUGAUAUUUAAUGAUGAUUACAUUUCUAAAGAGGAUAACCGCUUAUUAGCAGUCAACAUGAUUAGAUAUCUUGCAGUAGGGCAUAAGGAGGAGGAGACCAAUGAUGUUAGAGAUAAACUCCCUAUUGUAUUAGAGGUAUAUGGUAAAGUAAUGACAUCUGAUGGUAGUCAUAAAGGUAGUCAAUACAAUAAGGAUAACAACUGGAUGCAGCAACAUGGGAGCAGCAGCAGCAAUAGUAGAUAA